AAACAUGCAUGGAUCGCUAGCCAUUGUCAACGUCUUUAAUAACAUUACUCUAAUUUCCCGAACUGUAAAAACAUUUAAAUAACGUUGAUCUUUACUACGUUACCCUUUUGUUGGGAAGGAUUAAAACCUUUAUCCUAUCAAAAGAAGUUUUUUGUGCAGCAUUCAUUUCAAAGGUGCAUAAUUAUUUCAAGUUGACUUCACAUCUUAAUUUUUGGAAAGUUUAUAAUUCUGUAACAUAUAAUCAGUCCUCUUCUGAAUUUACUUGGUUUCAAAGAAAGAGACUUUUCAAAUUUGAUGUUCUACUGGAUUAAUAAAAAACUUGUAAAAUCCUUUGCGAGUGCUUAUAAGGACAAUUAGAUAGAUAGUAUUGGACUUAGCUGGACAUAAUAAUGGAUAAGGUUCUACUAUUACCACAUGGAGAGAGUUUUAUGGCAUUUUCAUGUAAAGCCAAACAGUGAGGACUUUCUGAAGGAGACAACCAAUUGUUUGGUGGAAUCAUACCUGCUUUAUGCAAAUAGUGACUGAAUUUGGUAGAAGAUUCAUUAUGAUCUUAAAAGAGGUUUUUUGUGUUGAGCACUAACUGCCUUAUUGCAGUAAGCUGCGGUAUUUCACUGAGAAGGCCUGGGAUUCAAUGAUUGGAGACAUUUAAUGGAAUUCAAUCAAGUAGACACGCAUUGAAAGUUUAAGCCGCCAGAGAUGUGAUUAUAUACAGCCCAAACUGAGAAGGUGCUGCUGCUUUUCAGCGGUAUAUAAUAGUAAGCUUUUGCCCAUUUUGCCGUGUGACAAGUUCAUUAAAGCACGAACCCUGGCAUUCUGAAACCUGCCAAAGAAUAGAUGAUAAUUAGACCAUAUUCAUGACAGAGGACUGGAUUUAAUUUCAAAAUUUGUUUACGCGGAGGAAAUAGCAUUUUUGAUUGAUGCGAUUUUCAUCCAUUAUGUUUUGACAUAAAGCUGCUUAAUUAUCAGCGUUCAACAACAGAUUUAGGGUAUAUGAUAUCUGACCAUUAGACUUGCACAUAGUGUUUGCUGGAUUCUUUAGAGGUGCAAACCUUUUCAGUUUCAUGGAAGUAAUUUUAACAGUUUUACCAAAUCAUUGUGGAUAUAAAAUUUUGUGAAAAUUUCUGAAAAAAAAGAAAAUGGAUGACAAGUCCAAAGGUCGUCGCUUUAGUGUGGCUCCUGGUAGUCAAGGAGGAAGGCGGGGGAGCAUCCUUAUCCCUGACAAAGUCUAUAGGCAAAAGUUGAAGGAGGAGCGGGAGGCUAAGCGGGCCCACCUAGAUGAGCGCCACUACUACAUCCUCCAGACGGUGGCGGACAGUCUCGGGCUGGAACUGUCGGAGGUGGAGGAUGCCAUACUGGAGGGAAAUCAGAUUGAAAUGAUGGACCAAUUCCUAAGUCCAAACAGUGUGAGCCAGCUUUUGUUCUACUACCAGGAACCGGAACAUGUGGAACCAGUGGCUGUUGGAUUUCAUAUUCCCCAAACUGCCGAGUCAAGGAAAAAAGACCAGAACAUUUUGGACCAUUUAAGAGUGGGUCCCCCACAGCCCAAAGUCUCCAAAACCUCCAAACCAAAAGUGUUUGUCACUAAUGGACGUGACACGCCCCUAAGAGGACUAGCCCUGGUCUUCACAAAGGUGGCUGAGGCUGAUGUCACCAUAACAGAUGCCAAUAUCAUGAAGGAAGUGACCUUCACUCGCCUUGACACCAGUGGGAACGGGAAGAAUGGCAGUGGACUUCUCCAUGCUGUGGAGACUCUUCUGUCCUCCAUCUUUAUCCCUGCCCUGAAGAAACUGGACAAGGGGUGGGGCGCCCUGGGUACCCCCUCCGGUGAACAAGUCAGACAGGACUUCCUUAACACACUCGACUCAUUUGUCUCAGUCCUUGUGGGUGCACAAGAGAGUUUGGAAGAGAAGGUAACUCUUAAACCCUGUGAGACCUAUGACCUCUCUAAGAUCCAAACCCCAGCAGACUAUCAGGCAGUGGCCAACAGCUCUGAGGCCCUGGAGGGGAUUGAGAACACGAUGAACGUCUGGCUGAAGCAGCUGGAGCAGGUCCUGGCGGAGAGCGAGCAGAUGAGGAAGGAAGCAGAUGACAUCGGACCUCGCGCCGAGCUGGAUCACUGGAAGAAACGCAUGUCACGCUUCAACUACCUCCUGGAUCAGAUCAAAGGGCCUGAUGUUAAAGCUGUCCUGGGUGUCCUGCAUGCCUCCCAGUCAAAGCUUAUCAAGCAAUGGCAGGAACAUGACAGAAGAAUAACUGACCUGGCUAAUGAGGCACGAGAUAAUGUUAAGUUCCUGUACACCCUGGAGAAAUUCUGUGACCCUCUCUACAAUAGUGACCCUGUUGGCAUGUUGGAGGGCAUCCCUGGACUGAUCAAUGCUAUCAGAAUGAUCCAUUCCAUCUCUCGUUAUUACAACACUUCAGAGAGGAUGACAUCUCUGUUUGUCAAGAUUACAAACCAGAUGAUCACAGCUUGUAAGUCCUACAUCAGCUGCCAGAAGACAGAAACCGUCUGGACCCAGAAUCAAGCAGAUGUUGUCCGUAAACUCAACGACUGCAUCAAACUAAACGAAGAAUACCAGCGGUGUUUCCACAAGACCAAGGAAAAGCUUGAGAAGAUGCCCAACGAGAGACCAUUUGAAUUCUCUGAGAUGUACAUCUUUGGGAAGUUUGACACCUUCACCAGGAGGCUGAAGAAAAUCAUUGAAAUGUUUGAGACCAUCUCCAUGUAUUCUCAUCUGUCUGAGUCCAAAAUCGAAGGAAUUGAGCAGUCAGCAACAAGAUUCAAUGUCAUUGUGACAAACAUGAAGAAGAAGCCCUAUGAUUUCUUGGAUCAGAGGAAGCAAGAGUUUGAGGUGGAUUUUGAUGAAUUCAAAAGGAUGGUGGCUGAACUUCAUCAAAAUAUCCAGAUGUUUAUGGACCAGAAGUUUGAGAGAAUUGUAAGCACCACCAGAGCCCUGGUCCUGCUCCAGAGGUUUGAGAAGCUGAAUCUACCAGGGCUGGGUAUCUAUGAUAAGUACCAGAGAAUUCUCAGUCACUACGGGAAGGAUAUUGAAAAUGUAUCCAAACUGUACCAGAAAAACAAGAAUGACCCACCAGUGGCCAGAGAUUUGCCUCCUAUCGCUGGCAAGAUAGCAUGGGCCAGACAGCUUUACCGCCGAAUUCAAGAUCCCAUGGAGGUCUUCAAGCAGCAAGGAAAAUUACUGGAGAUUCCUGAGGCCAAGAAAAUCAUCAAGAACUUUAACAAACUGGCCAAAGUUCUGCUUGAGUUUGAAAUGUUGUACCAUAGAGGAUGGCUAAGACAGAUUGAGGCAGCUAGAUCUGGUCUGCAGGCCUCCCUCCUGAUCAAACACCCAGAGACUGCAGAACUGUUUGUGAACUUUGACCCUCAGAUCCUGACCAUGGUGAGGGAGACUGAGUGCAUGGCUAGACUGGGUCUGGAGAUUCCACCACUAGCUGUCACCAUGAGGGCCAAACAGACAGAAUACAAGGACAACUAUAAUGCACUGCAGAUGCUGCUCCAAGAAAACAAGAGAGUAAGAAGCAAGAUCCCCACAGCGUUUGAAAGCCUGAUGGGUCCACACAUCAGCAAAGUGGACAAGAGAUUGGAGCCCGGCCUUAACAAGUUGUCGUGGACCUCCCUGAACAUCCAGGAUUAUAUACAGGAAGUGUACGGUGUGCUCAGUGAACUGGAACUGCUGAUGGACCGCGCCCACGAUCUGAUGGAGUUCAGGAUCGACGCAGUCCUGAAGGAGAUGUCCACCACCAAGCUGUGCCAGCUACCGGAGGUCGAACCCUGGCUGUGUGAUGCCUUCCUGGAAAAUACCCAGAUGCUGUGUGCUAAGGGAGCUGUAGCUCUACAGACCAAAUCUCUGGUGGUGGAGGAAGCCGCCAAUGAACUGAUCAACAUGCUGUGUCCUGCUGAUGUAGAGGAAGAGGAGGAGAAGAUAGAGAUGGAUGAGGAUGAAGAUGAACAACGAAGCCAGGCUGGUAGCCCCACUGGGUCUCAGGGAGCUAGGACCAGCAGCAGGAAAUCUCGACCGGUAUCCUCAAAGGCUAACCUGGUGGCCAAGAAGAAACGAGAAAUGAAGGAGAACAUCGAAGAGGCGGCCAAUGAGCUGCUAGCUCACUUCAACCACAGGAACCAGGACGCUCUGAUGAAGGUCACCAAGAACACUCUGGAAUCUCUACGUAAACGAAUCACUUCCAGCUCAAUGGUCCAUUAUCUGGGAGAUUCUGGAACCUUUGGUGAUGCUAAGAAAGACAGUGGCCCCUUCUUUAAGACUUUUGCUACCCUGGCCAUUCCAAACAUUGUCAUGCAACCCGCUUUGGAUGAAGUUCAACAAACAGUGAACAAAGCUGCUCAGAUGAUCAUCUCAGUCAGCAAAGGUGUGGCUAAGUGGAGCGAGGAAAGAAAAAGACCCCAGAAAUCCGCAGCAGAACGUGAGCAUGCUGUCGCUGCCGAGCGUAGACAGAGCAUAGUCAGCGCUGCUUCUGAUGCUGCCGGAGAGAAGAAAGAAGAGGAGGCCGAGGUGAAGAAUUACACCAUUACCCAGCAAGCCAAGAACUACUUCAAGGCCGUGUCUGAGAACAAGGAGGUCACUAAACUGGUGUCUCUAUUGUCCACCUCCAUCAACUCCACAAAGAAGGAGGUGACCACUGCUAUGGACAGGUUUGCUGGAUAUCAUCCGAUCUGGGAGAAGGACCGAGAUGAGGACCUUGAGGAGUUUAACAAGGAGGACCCUAAACUGUCUGAGUACGAGGCCAAGAUAAAGCACUACGAGGAGCUGGAGGUCGAGAUCAAUGGACUGCCAGAGUUCUACGAUGUCGGACCAAUUGCCCUGUACACAGAAAACCUGAAGCUUGGUUUGACCACUGAGACCAGAGCCUGGAAGCUCCAUUACGGUAAAGCCUGUAACCAGAAGUACAGCAUGGAGAUGGAGAGAAUCUUCACCUUUAUAGAGGACCUCACUAAACGCCUGGCCCGACCCCUCAAGGACCUGGACGACAUCAGGUUCGCCAUGGCGGCCCUCAAAGAGAUUCGGGACGAUGAGAUCAGGAUAGACAUGUUGAUUGGUCCAAUUGAGGAAUCAUAUGCCAUGUUGAUCAAACACGACCUGCCAGUAAACAAGGAGGAGACAGAGCGAUGUGACACGCUGCGUUACUCCUGGGAGAAACUUCAGGUCCAGACCUCCGAGGUCCAGACAGAACUUCUACAAGUACAGCCUCAGUUCAAAGAGGAACUCAUCGAGAAUGUCAAGAUCUUCAACACUGACUGCAAGAACUUCUACGAGAGUUAUGAUACACAAGGCCCAAUGGUGGCAGGAGUUCCCCCUCGGGAGGCCUCUGACAGACUGGUCAUCUACCAGAACAACUUUGACGUUCUCUACAAGAAGUUUGUCACCUACACGGGGGGAGAGGAGCUGUUUGGGUUACCUGUGUCCGACUACCCCAAACUGGGACAGAUCAAGAAGGAGCUCAAUCUGCUACAGAAGCUGUACAACCUGUACAACAACGUACUGGAAACUGUACAUGGAUAUUACGAUAUACUGUGGACUGACAUUAAUAUUGAGAAAAUUAACAAUGAACUUCUGGAGUUCCAAAACAAAUGUAGAAAACUUCCCCGUGCCUUGAAGGACUGGCCUGCAUUUGAAGAUCUGAAGAAGACAAUUGACAAUUUCAAUGAAAUGGUACCACUGCUGGAGCUGAUGACUAACAAAGCCAUGAAGCCGCGCCAUUGGAACAGAAUGGCAGAGGUCACAGGUCACGUGUUUGAUGUGGAAAGUGACAAUUUUGCUCUGAAGAACAUUCUGGAAGCUCCACUGCUGCAGUUCAAGGAAGAAAUUGAAGAUAUCUGUAUCUCAGCUGUGAAGGAGAAGGACAUUGAGGCCAAAUUGAAGCAGGUCAUUGCAGACUGGAAUAAUAAAGAAUUCACCUUUGGUCAAUUCAAAAACAGAGGAGAGCUCCUACUCAGGGGAGAUAACACAUCAGAAAUUGUCUCUCUUAUGGAAGACUCGCUCAUGGUUCUCAGUUCACUGCUCAGCAACAGGUACAAUGCUCCCUUCAAGAAAAAUAUCCAGUUGUGGGUGCAGAACCUGACCAAUUCCUCAGAAAUCAUUGAGAACUGGAUGACUGUCCAGAACCUGUGGGUGUACCUUGAGGCUGUAUUUGUAGGAGGAGAUAUUGCCAAACAGCUUCCCAAGGAAGCCAAACGAUUCAGCAACAUUGACAAGUCCUGGAUUAAGAUAAUGACCCGAGCUCACGAGACCCCUAAUGUUGUCCAGUGCUGUGUUGGGGAUGAGACCUUAAUGCAGCUGUUGCCUCACCUGCUGGAACAACUUGAGCUCUGUCAGAAGUCACUCACUGGAUACUUGGAGAAGAAGCGUUUGUUGUUCCCCCGAUUCUUCUUUGUGUCUGACCCCGCCCUGCUUGAGAUUCUGGGACAGGCCAGUGACCCACAUACAAUCCAGGCCCACUUAUUGUCCGUGUUUGACAACACCAAGUCGGUCAAGUUCCACGAAAAAUUCUAUGACCAGAUUCUGGCCAUCUACUCCUCAGAAAAUGAAACCAUUGAUCUUGAGAAGCCCGUAAAGGCUGAAGGUAAUGUGGAGAACUGGCUGAUGUCCCUGAUGUUGAUGGCUCAGAAAUCUCUCCAUGGAGUCAUCCGUACAGCUGCUAUGUCAAUCCAGGACAGCAGCUUCCAGCUCCUGGAGUUCUUAAACAUGUUCCCUGCUCAGGUUGGAAUUCUGGGAAUCCAGAUGAUUUGGACUCGUGAUGCCACGGAGGCCUUGACCCAUGCCCGUUACGACAGGAAGAUCAUGCAGCAGACCAAUCAGGCCUUCCUAGAUCUAUUGAACAUUCUCAUUAACCAGACGACACAGGAACUCAGUAAGGUGGAAAGAACCAAGUUUGAGACUCUCAUCACAAUCCACGUCCACCAGAAGGACAUCUUUGAUGACCUGUGCCGAAAUCAUGUGAAGUCCCCUACAGACUUUGAAUGGAUGAAGCAGUCUAGAUUUUACUUCUUGGAAGACCAAGACAAAUGUCUGAUUUCUGUGACAGAUGUGGACUUUAUCUACCAGAAUGAGUUCUUAGGCUGUACUGAACGUUUAGUCAUCACACCCCUUACUGACAGAUGUUACAUUACCCUUGCCCAGGCCCUGGGAAUGUCCAUGGGUGGUGCCCCAGCAGGUCCCGCAGGAACAGGAAAGACCGAAACCACCAAAGACAUGGGUCGUUGUCUUGGUAAAUACGUCGUCGUCUUCAACUGCUCCGAUCAGAUGGACUUCCGAGGGCUGGGUCGUAUCUACAAAGGUCUGGCCCAGUCUGGGUCUUGGGGAUGCUUUGACGAGUUUAAUCGUAUUGACCUCCCUGUACUGUCUGUGGCUGCCCAGCAGAUUGCUAUUGUACUGACAGCAAAGAAAGAGAGGAAGAAGAACUUCAUCUUCACUGAUGGUGACAAUGUGGCACUCAGUCCCGAAUUUGGAAUUUUCUUGACCAUGAACCCUGGUUAUGCUGGUCGUCAGGAAUUGCCAGAAAACUUGAAGAUUAACUUCCGUACAGUAGCCAUGAUGGUUCCCGACAGACAGAUCAUCAUUCGUGUCAAGCUGGCCGCAGUCGGUUUCCUUGACAACAUCACACUGGCCAGAAAGUUCUACACUCUGUACAAACUCUGUGAGGAACAGCUCACCAAGCAGGUGCACUAUGACUUUGGUCUGAGGAACAUCUUGUCCUGUUUGAGAACACUGGGUACUGUCAAGAGACAGAACAAAGAUGACCCUGAGGCCAUGAGUGUGAUGAGAGUGUUGAGAGACAUGAAUCUCUCCAAGCUUGUGGAUCAGGAUGAACCUCUCUUCCUGUCCCUGAUCAACGACUUGUUCCCAGGAAUCACCCUGGACAAGGGAGGCUACCCAGACCUAGAGGGCGCUAUUGCUAGGCAGAUUGAGGAUGCUAAACUGGUUGCUCAUCCUCCAUGGACACUCAAACUCAUUCAGUUAUUUGAGACCCAGCGAGUGAGGCACGGUAUGAUGACCUUGGGACCCAGCGGAGCAGGAAAGACCUGCUGUAUCCACAUACUGAUGAAGGCCAUGACAGACUGUGGUGAGCCCCACAAGGAGAUGAGAAUGAACCCCAAGGCUAUCACGGCCCCCCAGAUGUUCGGUCGACUUGACGUAGCCACCAAUGACUGGACAGACGGUAUCUUCUCUACCCUGUGGAGGAGGACGCUCAGAGCUAAGAAAGGUGAGCACAUCUGGCUGGUUUUGGAUGGACCAGUAGAUGCUAUCUGGAUUGAGAACUUGAACUCUGUACUUGAUGACAAUAAGACCUUGACCCUGGCUAAUGGAGAUCGUAUCCCCAUGGCUCCUAACUGUAAGAUUAUCUUUGAGCCCCACAACAUUGAUAACGCCUCCCCUGCCACUGUCUCUAGGAAUGGUAUGGUGUACAUGUCCAGCUCGGGACUGGACUGGAAACCCAUUCUUCAGUGCUGGUUGAAUUCAAGGCCAAUCAAUGAACAAGCGAUCAUUAUGGACUUGUUUGAGCGAUCCUUCCCUCUGUUAUUCCGCUACGCCAUACAAAAUCUGACCUUCAAAAUGGAUGUCCUGGAAGCCUUCGUCAUCUCUCAGGCCUGCAAACUCCUAGAAGGAUUGAUUCCCUCAAAGGAUGACAAGGAUGCCGGGACUGUGAGUCAGUCUCACUAUGAACAUUUGUACAUCUUCACUCUCAUGUGGACCAUCGGGGCCUUUUUAGAGUGGGAUGAUAGGAUAAAGGUAGAGGAGUUCCUGAGGAACAAUGACGAGAUCACUCUGGAUUUACCACCCACCAAUAAGGAAGCUGAUGAGACCAUGUUUGAUUACAUGGUUGAUACAAAUGGCUCUUGGCAGCACUGGAGCACAAAAGUGGAGCCUUACCACUACCCCACAGACAGCACCCCGGAGUAUGGCUCUAUCCUAGUCCCCAUGGUGGACAAUGUCCGUACAGAGUUCCUCAUCAAGGCCAUUGCUAAGCAGGAGAAGGCUGUCCUACUGAUUGGAGAGCAGGGUACAGCCAAGACUGUGAUGAUCAAUGGCUACAUGAACAAAUACAACCCGGAGUAUCAUCUGGCUCAGUCCCUCAACUUCUCGUCUGCUACCACUCCUCUCAUGUUCCAGAGAACCAUUGAGAGUUAUGUUGACAAAAGAGUGGGCAGUACGUAUGGUCCUCCUGCUGGUAAGAAAAUGACUGUCUUCAUUGAUGACAUUAACAUGCCGGUCAUCAAUGAGUGGGGAGAUCAGAUUGCUAACGAAAUCGUCAGACAGCUGAUGGAAUACAAAGGCUUCUACAACCUGGAGAAACCAGGAGACUUCACCAAUAUUGCUGAUGUCCAGUUCCUAGCUGCUAUGAUCCAGCCUGGUGGAGGUCGUAAUGACAUCCCCCAGAGACUGAAGAGACAGUUUGUCAUCAUUAACUGUACUCUCCCCUCCAACCCCUCCAUCGACAAGAUCUUCAGCUGUAUCGGCUGUGGACACUACAUCAAGGAGAGAGGAUUCAAAGACGAAGUCAUCGACAUGACUGCUAAACUGGUUCCCAUUACAAGAAGACUCUGGCAGCUUACUAAGAUAAAGAUGUUGCCGACUCCAGCCAAGUUCCACUACGUGUUUAACUUGCGUGAUUUAUCCAGAAUCUGGCAGGGAAUGAUUAACACAGACAAUACCGUUAUCACGUCCUCCAAGGAAAUUCUGUGGUUGUGGAAACACGAGUGUAGCCGAGUUAUUGCAGACAGAUUUACAAACUUUGAGGAUCUUGCAUGGUUCAAUAAGACCAUGCUUCGCGUCAUCAACGAGGAACUCGGCGAAGCGCUCGGAUCCCAUGUUGAGUCCACUCAUUACUUUGUGGACUUCUUGAAGGAUGCGCCGGAGGCCACUGGUGAUGAACCAGAUGAUGCAGACUUUGACAUGCCCAAGGUUUACGAACCGAUUCCCAGCUUUGAGGCACUGGAAGAGAGGUUACAGAUGUUCUUACAGCAGUACAACGAGGGAAUCCGAGGGUCCGGCAUGGAUCUGGUGUUCUUUAAGGACGCCAUGAUACACUUGGUGAAGGUGUCCAGGAUUAUCCGCACCCCCAGGGGGAACGCUUUGUUAGUCGGUGUGGGAGGAUCAGGAAAACAGUCCCUCACCAAGCUAGCCUCCUUCAUCGCCGGCUACAAGACAUUCCAGAUCACACUCACAAGGUCCUACAAUGUGACCAAUCUGCUUGAGGAUCUGAAGUUCCUGUAUCGUACAGCUGGGGCCCAGGGCAAGGGGAUUACUUUUAUCUUCACUGACCAGGAAAUCAAGGAUGAAGCCUUCCUCGAGUACCUCAAUAACGUUCUGUCCUCUGGUAUUGUUGCCAACUUGUUUGCCAGAGAUGAGAUGGAUGAAAUCAUGGGAGACCUUAUCCCCAUCAUGAAGAAGGAAUUCCCUAAGCGACCUCCCUCUAAUGAGAACCUGUAUGAGUACUACCUGACCAGAGUCAGAAACAACCUCCAUGUUGUCCUGUGUUUCUCCCCAGUUGGAGAGAAGUUCCGAGCUCGUGCCCUGAAAUUCCCUGGUCUGAUCUCGGGUUGUACCAUGGACUGGUUCCAGCGCUGGCCAAAGGACGCUUUAAUUGCUGUGGCUGACCACUUCCUGUCGAACUUUAACAUUGAGUGCUCCGCCGAGGUCAAGAAGCAGGUCAUUCAAACCAUGGGUCUGAUCCACGACGGGGUGGCCGAAUCUUGUGUCAACUACUUCCAGAGGUACCGUCGUUCAACCCAUGUUACUCCAAAAUCAUACCUGUCAUUCAUCAAUGGUUACAAGACAAUCUACUCUGACAAGAAGAAUGAAAUUGGUGAAUUAGCUGAAAGAAUGAACACAGGUUUAGAGAAACUCAUUGAGGCAGGGCAACAGGUGGCAAAACUGAAAGAGGAAUUAGCUGUGAAAGAAAAAGAACUUGCUAUUGCUUCAGAAAAGGCAGACAAAGUGUUGAAAGAAGUGACAGUCAAAGCACAGGCUGCUGAAAAAGUGAAAGAACAAGUGCAGAAGGUCAAGGACAAAGCUCAGGGCAUUGUGGAUGCCAUUGAGAAAGACAAGGCUAUUGCCUUUGAGAAGCUAGAGAAGGCUCGUCCUGCCUUGGAAGAGGCAGAGGCUGCCUUGAACACCAUCAAACCGGCCGAUAUCGCUACUGUCAGGAAGCUGGGUAAGCCUCCCCACCUCAUCAUGAGGAUCAUGGACUGUGUACUGAUUCUGUUCCAGAAGAGGGUCAAUCCAACAGAAGUGGACCCAGAGAGAGCCUGUGUCAAACCCUCCUGGUCUGAAGCUCUUAAGCUUAUGUCAGGAACCAACUUCCUGCAGUCGUUGAUCAACUUCCCCAAGGACAGCAUCAACGAUGAGACUGUAGAACUGCUGGAUCCAUACCUGUCACAGGAAGACUACACACUGGAAGUGGCCAAGCGUGUCUGUGGCAACGUUGCCGGUCUGCUCUCCUGGACAAGAUCAAUGGCUGUGUUCUUUGAAAUCAACAAAGAAGUCUUGCCAUUAAAGGCCAAUCUGGCUGUACAAGAGGCUAGGCUGGGUGUUGCCAUGGGUGACCUCCAGAAGGCUCAGGCACAACUGGAUGAAAAAGAGGCUGAGUUAGCUAAAGUGAGGGCCAUGUACGACCAAGCCAUGAGAGAGAAACAAACCCUAUUGGACGAUGCGGAGACGUGUCGUAGGAAGAUGACCGCGGCUGCAGCUCUCAUUAACGGUUUACAGGGAGAGAGGGACAGAUGGACAGAACAGAGCAAAGAGUUCAGGGCCCAGAUUGGAAGAUUGGUUGGCGAUGUCUUGGUUUGCACGGCCUUCUUGUCGUACUCUGGUCCAUUUAACCAGGACUUCCGUCUUCUACUGAACCAGAAAUGGUUUAAGGAGCUAAAGAGCCGGAAGAUCCCCUGUACCCUCAAUCUCAGUGUUAUUGACAUGCUGACGGACCCCACCGUUAUUGGAGAAUGGAAUCUGCAAGGUCUGCCCAAUGAUGAGUUGUCCACACAGAACGGUAUCAUUGUGACUAAGGCCUCUAGAUACCCCCUCCUGAUAGAUCCUCAGGGUCAGGGUAAAAACUGGAUCAAGAACAGAGAGUCUCAGAAUGAACUACAGCUGACCUCAUUAAACCACAAAUAUUUCCGUACCCACCUGGAGGACUCUAUGUCUCUUGGACGACCAUUGUUAAUUGAGGACGUAGCAGAAGAACUAGACCCUGCCCUAGACAAUGUCCUGGAGAAGAAUUUCAUCAAGGUCGGGUCAACCCUGAAGGUCAAGGUCGGAGACAAGGAGUGUGACAUCAUGAAGGGUUUCGUCCUGUACAUCACCACUAAGCUGGGUAACCCCUCCUACACCCCCGAGGUGUCGGCUAAGACCUCCAUUAUUGACUUCACUGUCACAAUGAAGGGGCUGGAAGAUCAGCUGCUCGGUCGUGUCAUCUUGACAGAGAAAGCUGAACUGGAAUCAGAGAGAGUGAAAUUGAUGGAAGAUGUGCAGUCCAACAAGAAGAAGAUGAAGGAGUUGGAGGAUAACUUACUGUACAGACUGACCAGUACAAAGGGAUCCCUUGUUGAUGAUGAAGACUUGAUCAAUGUACUGAACACAACUAAAUCUACUGCACAAGACGUCAGCCAGAAACUGCAGGUCGCCGCCGAGACACAGACAAAGAUCACAACGGCUAGAGAGGAGUUCCGUCCUGUGGCUGCCCGUGGCAGUAUUCUGUAUUUCUUGAUUGUGGAGAUGGGGCUUGUUAACUGCAUGUACCAGACGUCCCUCAAACAGUUCUUGUACCUGUUUGACUUGUCUAUGGCCAGGUCUGCCAAAUCUCCAAUCACACAGAAGAGAAUCCAGAACAUCAUAGAAUACAUGACCUUUGAGGUGUUCAAGUACGCAGUUCGUGGUCUCUAUGAGGAAGAUAAGAACACCUUCACCUUGUUGUUGGCGCUGAAGAUUGAUUUAGCGGCCGGAAAAAUCAAACACGAGGAGUUCAUGACCCUCAUCAAGGGAGGCGCCUCACUAGAUCUGAAUGUUGUACAACCCAAACCUCACAAAUGGAUCGUGGACCUGACUUGGCUUAAUCUGGUGGAACUCAGCAAUCUUCACCAGUUCUCAGGAAUUCUAGACCAGGUGAGUCGAAAUGAAAAGCAGUGGAAGCAGUGGUUUGAUAAAGAGGCUCCAGAGGAGGAAGUGAUCCCAGAUGGUUACAACAACUCCUUGGAUGUGUUCCGUCGUCUGCUGUUGGUCAGAUCCUGGUGCCCCGACAGAACCAUGUCCCAGGCCAGGAAGUACAUUGCAGACACCCUGGGAGAUAAGUACGCUGAGGGAGUUAUUCUGGACCUGGAGAAGAUGUGGAACGAGAGUAACAGCAGGAAUCCCAUGGUGUGUCUGCUGUCCAUGGGAUCAGAUCCCACCAACAACAUCGAGGCCCUGGCAAAGAAACUCAAACUAGAAUGCAGAAACAUUUCUAUGGGACAAGGCCAGGAGGUCCACGCCCGUCGUAUGAUGGCGCAGGGAAUGGCUAACGGCGGCUGGCUGCUGCUACAGAACUGCCACUUGUCCCUGGACUAUGUGGAGGAGGUCCUAGAUCAGCUGAUAGAGACCGAGACAAUCCACCAGGAAUUCAGACUCUGGGUCACCACAGAGGUUCACAAGAAGUUCCCCAUUAACUUCCUACAGAUUUCCAUUAAAUUCACCAACGAGCCUCCACAAGGAAUCAAAGCCGGUCUGAAGAGAACCUAUGCUGGACUUAGCCAGGAUUUCCUGGAUAUUUCCAACAUGCCGCAGUGGAAACCCAUGUUGUAUGGUGUGGCCUUCAUGCAUACAGUGGUACAGGAGAGAAGAAAGUUUGGACCACUUGGAUGGAAUAUUCCAUACGAAUUCAACGCUGCUGACUUCAAUGCUAGUGUCCAGUUUGUACAGAACCAUCUGGAUGAUAUGGAUAUCAAAAAGGGAGUUAACUGGACUUGUGUUCGCUACAUGUUUGGUGAGAUCCAAUAUGGAGGUCGUGUGACAGAUGACUUUGACAAGAGGCUACUGAACACAUUCUGUAAAGUCUGGUUUGGAGAGAACAUGUUCCAGAGUAACUUCUGCUUCUACAAGGGCUACAUUAUUCCUAAGUGUAACAAGAUGCAGGAGUAUAUGGAUUACAUCAACAACCUGCCCGGCACUGACACUCCCGAGGCAUUUGGUCUCCACGCCAAUGCCGACAUCACAUACCAGAGCAAGUCAGCAAAGACUGUGUUGGAUACCAUCCUCGAAAUCCAACCCAAAGACAGCAGUGGAGGAGGAAGUGGGGAGACCCGUGAGUCCAUCGUCUACCGCAUCUGUGACGACAUGUUAGAGAAACUACCCAACGACUACGUACCAUUUGAGGUCAAGGCCAGAUUGGAGAAAAUGGGUCGCCUGCAGCCGAUGAACAUCUUCCUUAAACAGGAGUUGGACCGCAUGCAGCGCGUCAUCUCAACAGUGAGAACCACCCUCCAGGACCUCAAACUGGCCAUUGAUGGAACCAUCAUUAUGAGUGAAGCUUUACGUGAUGCCCUUGACUGCAUGUACGAUGCAAGGAUUCCCAAACUAUGGCAGAAGAUUUCCUGGGACUCCAGUACCCUUGGUUUCUGGUUCACUGAACUGAUUGACAGAAACAGCCAGUUCCACACCUGGUGCUUUGAUGGCCGACCAGUGACAUUCUGGAUGACUGGGUUCUUCAAUGCUCAGGGAUUCCUCACAGCAAUGAGACAGGAGGUGACAAGAGCUCACAAGGGUUGGGCUUUAGAUGGAGUGGUCCUACACAAUGACGUUACCCGCCAGAUGAAGGAUGACAUCACCACACCGCCCUCAGAAGGUGUGUACGUGUAUGGACUUUUCCUUGAGGGGGCAGGCUGGGACAAGAGGGGCAGCAAGCUCAUUGAACCCAAACCCAAAGUUCUGUUUGAGCCCUUACCAGUUAUCCACAUAUACGCCAUCAACACCACAUCAGAUAAAGAGGACACAAGGAUGUACAAAUGUCCGAUCUACAAGAAACCACGCAGGACAGACUUGACCUACAUUGCAGCCGUCUUCUUGAAGACCAAUCAGAACCCAGAUCACUGGGUGCUGCGUGGUGUGGCACUGUUAUGUGACAUUAAGUAAAACGUUUCUAAGACUUUUUCUUAUGGACCCCUUACCAAAGUCAAUGUUUACAAAAGCCAGAAGACAGUUUUACAUCUAUAUUCAAUAUAUAUAUUUUGGAAGUUGUUGCUAAAUAAUAUUCUUAUAGUUUCUGUUUCAGAAAUAUUUAAUAUUUAUACAUAGGAUUUAGCUCAUUUUUGAGUAAUUUACACUUUAUUGCCAGUUUUUUUAUAUUGAAAAGAAAAUUUACAAAUAUUUGAUAUUUGAUUUUUUAUCCGUCCGUUGCUUUAAUAGUUGAAUAGGUGUUUAGCAUGGUGGUUAUGGUGUAGUAAAUACUUUGUCAGUAAAUUUAUGUUACAUAUGUUGCCUUUUGUUGCACAUUUGCUUGAAAUUGUUUACAAUCUACCUUAACAUAGGAGAGCUGUUCAAAGAAAGAGAAUAUUCAUGUUUCUUUAAUUGUUUUCAUAUUGAUUCAUUUCAUGAGAAAGGCCCAUAAAAGAUCACUAACAAUAAGUAUGGCAUGUCUGAUAGAAGGGCUUGGAAAUAUAAGUUAAAGUGUUGGUACACAAACGUUAUUGUUUAAAUUAAGUGUAGUGUGUUUAGCAUAAUGAAAAUGAUCCAGAAAGCUGUGAUAUGAUUGGUCACUGACCUUUGUCAUGUGAUUGAAUUAGCCGUCCAUUAUGUCUUUUUAAUUAGCCUUUUCAGAGCAUUAUGUUGAUAUUUAGGAGAGAUAAUAUAUAUUUAUUUUUUUCUUCAUUAGUAACAGAUUUUUUUCUGUCUUUAUUUCUGUAGCAUCCGUUUAUAAUUUGUUUGAUUUUCACAUCUUGUGGUGAAAUGUUCAUAUUAUUUUAUACCAAUGUUUUCAGUCGACUACUUCUGUAGUUCUGUUAGAUAAUAAACUUUAUAUUAAUAAA